GGACACAUCACCGCCCCUUCGCCUGCGCCUGCAUUAAACCUAACGUACACGCUGUCAUAUCACGCAAGUGACUACAUCAGCCUGGAAGCCUCCACCGGCUGAGAGAUUGCUGGCUCACCUAUCGUUAGCUUUUGUUACAAUUUAAUUCGGUUCAUCGAUCAUUUACACGUAUAAAGCAACAGUUGUUAUUUUCUAGCGUGAUUUGCUGGUCUCGUCUUUACUUCCCGCUGAAAAUGGCUGAUCCUAAAUACGCAAACUUACCAGGAAUUGCCUUUAAUGAGCCGGACGUGUACGAGACCGGUGACCUUCCGGAAGAUGACCAGGCUCAGUUUGAGUCGUUUAUCCAAGAGGAGCUCUGCAGUGACAGCGUGGAGAGGAUUGUGGUCAACCCCAACGCAGCCUAUGACAAGUUCAAAGACAAGCAUGUCAACACCAAGGGGCUUGACUUCUCAGACAGAAUCAGUAGAAGCAGAAGAGUGGGCUAUGAGUCAGGAGAAUUUGAAAUCCUUGGUGAGGGCUGUGGAGUGAAGGAGACGCCCCAGCAGAAGUACCAGCGCCUGGUGAACGAGAUCCAGGAACUCACUCAGGAGGUGGAUGCCAUCCAGGCUACCACAAAGGACAGCAAUGCAGAGGAGCGCCUGACCCCGGUGGUACUAGCCCAGCAGGCCGCCCAGCUCAAACAACAGCUGGUUUCUGCCCAUCUCGACUCGCUGCUGGGACCACACGCACACAUCAACCUGGCUGACCCAGAUGGAGCGCUGGCCAGGCGUCUGCUCACCCAGCUGGAAGUAGUCAAGGGCAGCCGUGGCAGCGCUGCAGGAGACGGCAAACCGGCGGCAUUGGCUAAGGGCCCAGAUGGAGUAGUACUCUACGAGCUGCACAGCAGACCAGAGCAGGAAAAAUUCAAUGAGUCUGCCAAGAUCGCGGAACUGGAGAAGCGUCUAGCUGAGCUUGAGAUGGCUGUUGGCUCAGGAUCAGACAAGCAGGGACCUCUGAGUGCUGGCGUACAAGGAGCCAGUUUGAUGGCCACCAUAGAGCUCCUGCAGGCGAGGGUCAGCGCACUGGACUCCGCUACUCUGGAUCAAGUCGAGGCCAGACUGCAGAGUGUCCUCGGGAAGAUGAAUGAGAUUGCUAAACACAAGGCAGCGAUUGAGGACGCUGAGACACAGAAUAAGGUGUCGCAGCUUUAUGACGUGGUGCAGAAGUGGGAUGCCGUGUCCACUUCUGUACCUCAGGUGGUGCAGAGGCUUGUCGCUGUCAAGGAGUUGCAUGAGCAAGCCAUGCAGUUUGGCCAGCUGCUGACCCACCUGGACACCACUCAGCAGAUGAUCAACAACUCUCUGAAGGACAAUAACACUCUGCUAACACAGGUCCAACAGACAAUGAAGGAAAACCUGGUGACUGUAGAAGAGAACUUUGCUACGUUAGAUCAGAGGAUGAAGAAUCUCUCCAAAUAAAUGGUGGCGGAGUUUGGACCGGUCCAAGAGAAGAGUGUAUAACAUGGACAAAUAUGAGCUGGCUAGAGAGCACGGGGGGGGGGGGGGGGGGGGGGGGGGGGGGGGGGGGGGGGGGACUGUGUACUUUCUAGCCAGCCCUCUCUUGCUCUCUACUUUGCCUCUGCCUUUUUUCACAAAGUGGAAUGCUGAAAGAGAAAGUUGGAAAAGAAAGAAAAGGAGACCAAAUGUUCUUGUCCACCCUCCUUUCCUGUUCCCUUCUCUUCCAUCAUAUUGAUAUCAACUGAAAACACAUUGUUCCACUCUAUACAUGCCACUGAUUGCAGUCCCCUGUUAAGCUUAAAGGAGUUUUAGACUGAAUUGUUUUUAUAAUUAUUAGUAUUAAACAUAAAUUCCUCCAUUCCUUUCGUAACCUCACUCUUACUGGAUUAGUACUUUCAAAUUGUACGGUCAUAUUAAAUGGAUCACAGUAAUGGUGGAUUAAUGGAUGACAUAUAAAAAAUAAAAUUAAGAUCUAUUGUCUUCUAGUGUUGUGCGAGUGUCGGGGCUAAGUCACGGAAGGAAUGCUUGUAAAUAUGCCUGUGUACCUUAUUGUUUUCUUCAUGCUCAGUCGCUUGUAACUAUAUUAUGACUGAGAGCGGACACCACAGACAAACUUUUAAUCUGCUUUGUCAUUGCCUCCAAGUCAACUGUAUUGUCAGCUGUGGUCAUGGAAACGCAUCAAUAAAACAAAGUGCGAUAG